GUUGGCAGUGAUAGUCGUGUAGAAGCUUGCAAUUUCCAAACUUUUGCACUCUAAGCCACUACACAAAGCAAAUGCUUUGUGUAUACCGCAGGCUAACGUCUGCAGAAUUCGAACUGAAGAAAAUAGUGUCUAUCUAAUGUCAAAAUAGACGGUGUCAAUAUUCAUGUGUGAAUGUCGACAAUGUUGUCAUAGAAACGCUACCAAGGCUCGAGAAACAAAAAACGUUGCAGAAAACACGAGCACGAACAAGAUGGCAGGACUACUGAACGAAAAGUAUUUACAAGAUUGAACAUCGCUAUUGAUAAAAAUCGAAUUUUCACAAUGUCUGACACUAGUGAUAGUGACGACGAAAGUCGUCCAUACGUGAUCGUCCAAUUCGUGACAAGAGGAAGAAAAGGGUCCACAAAACAACUGGACAUUGUGCCAAGAAAUUGGCUCGACUGGAACGCGAAGACAAAAAAAAUAAAAUGUAAAUUUCUUCCGCCACCAUACACUGAGAGAGAUUCCGAACUGUUACAUAACAUUGUAAAGAAUUUAGACACUGCACCAACAUCAUGGCCGGAGUACACCGUGGAAAUUAAAGCACAUGGAAAAACGUAUGCCGAUGCUCUGCUUAGAUUACAAUUAUUAAAUGACAAGGAAUUUGCUUUUACAAGUAAUUCAAAUGAAGAUCAAAAUGAAAAAUCAAAGAAAGUAGAAAAUUCAAUUCGCAAAAAAAAACUUUUAAAAAAUGAAGAACAGAUAAACGAACUAUUCAAUUCUGUCACGACAGUGGAAGAAUUUCUUCACGAGGAUCGUCUUCCAAACGAAUCUUUUAAAAUAUUAAAAAAGACUGGCGAAAAAUCAUAUGCAGAAAAAAUUGGUUCUUCCAAAUUAUCUAACUCAUCUAAAUGCGAAAAUUUAUCAAAAAGACUUGAGAAAAAGAAUAAAUGCACGGACGAAUCUGCAAUAUGUGAUACCUUAUUCGAAGAUGAGUGUAUGUCACAGCAAACCAACGACAAAAAUUACACUGCAAUGAAAAAUGAUUCUUAUGAAGAAUCUAGUAAAGAUAAACAUGACAAAGAUGAAAAAUUCUAUGACUUGGACUUGUUUUCAAAUAAUUUAGAUCAACAGUGCCAGGAGGAAAAUGUCUUACUGUUUGAAAAUGAAAUACCCGUCAUAUCAACUAUUCCGAAUAUUUUAACAAACCAGCUAAACGAGGGUUCCGCUGAUGUUAUACAACAGUUGAAAUCUGCGAUUGAAAUAAAUGAUACAAUGUGCUUAUUUACGUCAGUACAUCGAUGUAGAUCAAACAUUAUCGAAAAACAUUAGCAACAAAUUAAAAAUAAUUAUGUCAAGAGAGAUUGCAUUAAAAUACACGGCAAUUAAAGAGAUAAACGGGAAAAAAGUUUUCAAAAGAACUCGUCUGUAUCAGUAUAUUGAAGACAUAUAUAUCGGAUUAAAUAUAAAGGGAGAAUAUAUUAAAGAAUCCCACAUUUUGAAGACAAUCAGCAAUACUUUGUCGAAUGCAAAAGACUGGGAGGGACACCGAAAGGAUCGAAUUAAAAACCAAACUCUAAACGCCUAAUAACUGUCUUUUCAAGUUGUUAAUUUUUUAAAAUUAUUCUUAAAUUAUUCCUUAAUUGUAUUUCUCAUUUUAUCAUCCAUAUAGAAUAAAAAGUUCACACAAUAGUUGAAACAAUUUUGUUCAAUGUUUUAACAUAUUAAUACUUUCAUAUAACUUCCAUAUUUAAAUGUCCAGAUUAACAGUGCUUAAAAAAUUUAUGUUAAUAUAAUUUUGGAUAUAAAACAUUGAGUUUCUAUUGAAUAUCAUUUUCUGUGAACAUUUAGAUCUUUUCCGAACAUUGCAACGUCAAAUUCUAUACGGACAUGUGUAUGUAAAAAUAUUAAGAGAGAAUUAUCGAAAAUUAAAUAUUUUAUAUUUUGUUAUAUAUAUUUUU